AUGAACAACGACGAGCACAUCCGCCACCAGAACUCGGAUCUGGGCAAGUCGCCUAUCCGUGGUAGCAACAGCGAUCACGACCCUCUCGUCAAGGUUCAGCCUCCUCGCCGUGAGGAUCUCCAGCCUUCUUACGCUUCUGUCAUCAAGCCCGACACCGAAGAUGAUUCUCAGCACGGCUGGUAUGGUGGCAUGAUCAAUGCCCUUGGUUCCGUACUUGGUAACCUCGGAGCGAUUCCUUGUUGCGUCGUUUGCCCCAACCCGUACAAGCCCGUCUCACAGGGUAAUGUCGGUUUGGUCACCAAGUUUGGUCGUUUCGCUCGUGCUGUCGACCCUGGUCUCGUCAAAAUCAACCCUCUUUCCGAGCAAUUGAUCCAGAUCGAUGUCAAGAUUCAGAUUGUUCCUCAGCAAAUCUGUAUGACCAAGGACAAUGUUAACCUCCACCUCACCUCGGUUCUCUACUACCGCGUCACCUCACCUCACAAGGCCGCGUUCGGCAUUUCCAACAUUCGCCAGGCGCUCAUCGAGCGUACUCAGACCACACUUCGCCACGUCAUUGGUGCUCGUGUCCUCCAAGACGUGAUCGAGCGCCGUGAGGAGAUUGCCCAGAGCAUCCGCGAGAUUAUCGAGGACACCGCUUCCGGCUGGGGUGUCGAAGUCGAGUCCAUGCUCAUCAAGGACAUCAUCUUCAGCCAAGACCUGCAAGAAUCGCUAUCCAUGGCCGCCCAGAGCAAGCGUACCGGAGAGGCCAAGGUCAUUGCCGCCAGAGCUGAAGUCGAGUCUGCCAAGCUCAUGCGCCAGGCCGCUGAUAUCCUGUCCUCCGCUCCAGCCAUGCAGAUCAGAUACCUCGAUGCCAUGCAACAGAUGGCCAAGUCUGCAAACUCCAAGGUCAUCUUCUUGCCUGCGCCCAACCAGACUGUCCAGCACCAGAUGCAGAUGGCCGACGCUGUUGGCGAAGGUCCCUCUUCAUACCAGUCUUACGGACAGCCCGCCAACAACGAUUUUGGCGCCGGCACUGAGGGCUUCCAGAAUGCCAUCAACAGCCGUGUUGUCGAGAACAUGUAG